GAGCAGCUGGCUGUCGGUCGUUUCAGUUCAGAGGAGAGGCAAAAGAGAGGGAAACGGAAUUCCAGCGAAUUAAUCGCCGUCUGUUCCACUCGGUGAGAGAGAGAGUCAAAGUCAGUCAAAUGGAGAGAGAUGGAGAGGAGGUGGGGGGAGUGGAGCCUGACGCAGUGUUAGAGGCAGAAACUGAGAGGGGAGAGAGGGAGACCGAGGGAGACAGAGGCGAGGAGGCAGCACAUCACAUCAGGCGCCGUUUUACAUCUCAAAAUCUUGACGCGGGUAGAUCGCCACGCUGGUUGCUGCUGCUGCUGCGACCGCCGAGCCACUUCCCGGUCACUGCUCUUUAGAGAGACCGCAGAGGGGACAGCAGCGAGCUGGGAUCAAAUCAGUGACAGAUAUCAACACCGCCACACACACUGCCAGAGGCAACGAGCGGACCGUUUUGCCGAGGAGUCUUCUUCCACGUUGGCAUCUGGAAAAGUGAUGUGAAAGGUGCACGGAGACUGAAGGCUCAGCUGGUUCAGAGAGUUCCUCCAUCUGCCAAGGGACGAGUUCUCACACCAAGUACAGAGCAGUGAGCAAUGAGGAAGAAAGAAAAGAGGUGCUUGUCCAAUCAGGGAUAUAGAUGGCCACAGAAGACAUGAGUACCAGCCAAUCUGGCGCCAGGACGACCUCCAGAGUUAGACAUAACAAAACAAAUGUGACCCCCUAAUUAAACAAGUGAUACGGUUUACCUAGACACAUACUGCCAAUGGAGUGAUACAUCCUAUUCCUGCACUAAUUUCUACUUUGAUGAAUCCUUAAUUAAAACAAGAGCUUAACACAACUCACACAAUAAAAGCUAAGGAGAAACAGGGACGUUUUACCAUGCUGUGACUACACUUUCUGUAAAGCAGAACAGACACCAAGUCACCGUGCAUUGAAAUAUAAACAAGCCCUCACUCCCUUUCAAAUGGUGCCAGCCUGCAUAAAUAAAUGUUAGAUGGCAAACACCUCUGGACAACUUUCUCCAAUGGAUAUUCCAGUGACAUCCCAAAUGGAACAGAGGACAGGCCAAGGACGGCAGAGACAUUACGUGACCAGAGGUUCUUCAACAGUGGUCCUGUCCACCGCCAGCUCCUUCCUCUGUUGGCUCAUCUUUCUGUCAAUAAUGCGGUUACCAAUGGUAACAGCUGACUGCUGGCUUAUUGAAGGGGAAAAGGGAUUUGUGUGGCUAGCCAUCUGCAGUAUGAACCAGCCUCCUUAUGAGGCCAUCCCUUCUCACAUUAACAGCACCAUUGUGGAUCUGAGGCUGAAUGAGAACAAGAUACGGUCGGUCCAUUAUUCUUCACUCAGUCGCUUUGGCAACCUCACCUAUCUGAACCUCACCAAGAACGAUAUCAGCUACGUGGAAGACGGCGCAUUCUCAGCACAGUUCAACCUGCAGGUUCUCCAGAUGGGCUUUAACAAGUUGAGGAACCUGACGGAAGGAAUGUUGCGAGGCCUGGGCAAGCUGCAGUACCUCUACCUGCAAGCCAACCUCAUCGAGACUGUUACACCCAACACCUUCUGGGAAUGUCCCAACAUAGAGAAUAUCGACCUCUCCAUGAACAGGAUCCAGGUGUUGGAUGGCAGUUUGUUCUCUGGACUCUCUAAACUGACCACCUGUGAACUUUAUACCAACCCCUUCAACUGUUCUUGUGAGCUGCUGGGUUUCCUGCGCUGGCUCUCGGCCUUCCCCAACAGGACCAGUGAAAGGAUGGUAUGCGACUCCCCUGAUGGCUUCUCUGGCUUCAACCUACUGAGCCAAAACCCUCGUAUGCCUACCCAACGCACUGCUCUGCAUGUGCUCAGUCUUGUAUGCACAGAUGAUGGCAGCAGCGUGACAUCUUUCUAUGUCAUCGGCUCAGCAGAUUCAACCACUAUGUCCCCAGAUUCUGCCUCCCCCUGUGGACUGGAAGACUGUGCUUCUGGGACCCCUCCUGAUGAGCUCCCAAUCAGCUUUAGCCCUGUUUUCCCUGACAUCAAUCCGAUCAUGACGCUAAAGCAGGUGCUACAUUCGAGCGCUGUGAUAACAGUUCAGAUCCCUCAUCCAUUCAGAAAAAUGUACAUCCUUGUACUUUAUAACAACAGUUUCUUCACAGAUAUCCAGAAUCUGAGAAAUUUAAGAGAAGAUAUUGAACUAAAGAACUUAAAACCUAACACUGACUACACAUACUGUGUGGCCUCUAUACGGAACUCCCUGCGCUUCAACCACACCUGUCUGACUAUCUCAACUGGCCGCCAGGGUGGGGCUGACAGAGUAGCCAAUCAGUCAUCAGCCACUCACUACAUUAUGACUAUUUUGGGCUGCUUGUUUGGCAUGCUGCUCUUCCUUGGCCUCGUUGUCCACUGCCUGAGGAAGAAGAGGAUCAUGGAUGAGAAGGAAAGAAAGAUGAGCAGGAUCCAGAGGACACUGAUAGAGCUCAAGUAUGGUGGAGAAGGAGAUAUAGAAGGAGGGAAUGGAGGAUCUGUUUCUCAGAAGAUUGCUGCUGGGGACAGUAUGUCCAGAAUGCCCUACCUGCCUCAGGGUGGUGAAAUAGAUCCAUAUAAGCUGCAGGAGGUGAUAGAAACACCAGCACACAAGCCAGCUAAACUUAACUACAUGGAGGUCAGAGGCUCUGGCAUUGAAAGGGAGAGAGAACGAGAGAGAGAAAGGGAGAUGUCACCGCAAACAAAUCCACAGGGCUCUGUAGCAGAGAUCUCUACCAUCGCUAAAGAGGUUGAUAAGGUUAACCAGAUCAUCAACAACUGUAUAGAUGCUCUCAAAUCUGAGUCUACCUCCUUUCAACAGGGAAUCAAAUCCCCCUCUUCUGCAGGUGGAGGGGCUGUUUCAACUGCAGAGCCACAGCUGGUGCUUCUCUCUGAGCAAGGAGAGAGAGGAGAAAGAGGAAGUGAGUUCCUUUCCCCAGUGUAUAAAGGAGGGAGAGGAGGAAGGGAUGAGAGAGGGAGAAGCUACCAUCAUUCAUUGCAGCGACACCACAGCAUGGAGGCUCCUCCGACCUCCAAAAGGCCCAGUACAUCCUCUUCUCCUGGCUCUGCCCGCAGCCCGCGGUCCUUCCGCUCAGAGGGAGGUUAUCACUCAUCAGAGACCCGGUACAUUGAGAGGACCUCACCCGGAGAGAGAGGAGAAAGGGGAGGCGGGGGAGGAGAGGCCAUUCGCACAGUCACCCCAGCAGCGGCUAUCUUACGAGCUGAAGCCCAGAGAAUCCGCCAGUAUAACGAACACCGCCACUCCUAUCCUGGCUCCCAGCAGCACCUCCAGGAGCUGCAGCAGCAUCAUCCUCAGAUUAUGCAAGAGCUCCACCACCACCCAGGGGGCUGCAAGCCCUCUAUGUUAGACCCCCUCACCCUCAGCAGGCAGGCCAAGCAGCGAGAACUGGCCUACUCCCAGCUCUCGCCACACUACCCGCUCUCGCCCCAGUACCACAACCUCAGCUACUGCUCCAGCCCUGAGGAAGACGAAGAGGAAGAAGGGCUACUCUGCACCCCAACUCUGGGAUUGUGGGAAAGGUUCAAACUGCACCGCAAGAGGCACCGACAGGCAUCAAUGGAGGACGAAGGAUACGUGGCAGCCGGACAUGCGCUGAGGCGAAAGGUUCAGUUUGCCAAGGAUGAGGAUCUUCACGACAUACUGGACUACUGGAAGGGAGUGUCUGCCCAGCAGAAGGCCUGAUCCCACACCUGAAGACCCAAAACAAUUAGAAGAUGGAAAAAUAACAACACUGCACCCAUAACAUGUUGAUACAGAUACAAAAGACCUGUAAAUACAAACACACAGAACUUUAGAAAAAAAAAAAUCUACAGCAUCAUUAUACUCGCAUACAUUCACUGGCCACUUGAUUAGGUACACCUGUACAAUUGUAUGGACUUCAGUGCAACACUUCC